ACGGCACCAAUCCUAUUUUCCGACUGGUCAUACAGGAUUCCCAGAAGACUUAGGCUCUCUAGUGUCCGUCCGGAGCCCACCUCGCAUCGAAGUGUUGCAGCAGGAGCCGCAGUAGGUCUAGCCGACCAAAAAGGAAUUCAUCCGUGCAGCCAGCGAGGGAAGAGUAGUUCAAUGCUACUCCUACUAUAACGUUACGGCAUACAUAUUUAAGCAAAUCUUACAAUGAAUGUUAACAUUGAUAAGUCGUUCACUUGGGAAUAUGAAUACUCAUUGCUUAAAGGAACUUAUUUCAACGACAAACUAAUAAGAAAAUGACCCCGUGAGCUUACCUAUUUCUACUGGACCAUCUUCGCACUGAGGACAGUUAUCAUUUUUGAAGUGUUCAUAGCCUCCCACAAACUGUCUAUUUGGCUUGAAGUUUUGAAUUAACUGGAUAAGUGUGAGUUCGUGUUCGGUGUGUUAAUUUGUACUAGACGUAGGCUUAACUUCGGCGCUUCGUGGUGCAUUUGUGCGCGCCGCUCGAAGUUCGGACUAGUGCGACACGACGGCGACGACACAACCGAAACAGAAAUUCGUAUUUAUGGAUGCUGGGGGCAUUCCUGUGUUUCAGAGCGCCAGCCAGGCAGCCGCCGCAGCCCAGCAGCAACAGCAUCAACAGCAAAAACAUCAGCAGCAGCAACGCCAACAACAGCUUACGUUACAACUGCAACAGCAGCAACACUUACAACACCAUCAGUUGCAGCAUCAACAGCAGCUGCAUCAACAACAAUCGUUAGGAUUACACCUGCAACAACAUCAACAAUUGCAAGUGACACAACAUCAAUUACAUAAUGUGCAGCAGCAACAACAGAUACAGGUGCAACAUCACCAGCAACAGACGAAUGCACAACAACAACACCAACAGCAGCCACAACAUUCCCCAUACAAUCCAACAGCAGCAGGAACAGGAGGCGGCAUUAGCAGCAGCAUUGGCCAUAGCGGCGUCGGAGCUAGCGGUGCUGCAGGUGCGCCUGGAACAGCAGCAACAGCGGCUGGAGGAGCUGGCGGCAUGGGCAGCCUCAUCUGCGCUGGCAAUAACGUCAACGGGCCGACGAUCGGCGGCAACAACCAGAUCAUCAAUCAGGGCGGCUGCGGUCCCGAAACUGUGGCGCCGAAGAGGCAACAAAUGGUUGAUAGGCUUAGGCGCCGCAUCGAGAACUAUAGGCGUCGUCAGACGGACUGCGUGCCACGCUACGAACAGACAUUCAGCACUGUGUGCGAACAACAAAAUCACGAGACGGCGGCACUGCAGAAACGAUUCCUUGAGAGCAAAAACAAACGAGCAGCUAAGAAAACGGAGAAAAAGCCCACGGAGGCUGCGGCGGCUGCGAUGAUGGCGGGCAAUCUGCAGAGCAGUGUACAUGUGCAACAAAAAUUUCCAAAACGACUAGCGGAUGACGUUGACAAUGGAGCUGACAACUACGAACCACCACAUAAACUGCCAAAUAACAAUAACAACAGCAACAAUAAUAAUAACAAUAACGGGUCCGAAAAUCUAACAAAAUUCUCAGUGCAUAUUGUGCAAAAAUUGGAGUUUACCACCUCAGCGGCCAACUCGCAACCACAACAGAUAAGUACGAAUGUCACAGUGAAGGCGCUCACAAACACCUCGGUGAAGAGUGAGCCCGACGUGGGUGGCAGCGGCGGCGUGGGCUGUGGUUCAGCGAGUGGUGGCCAUAACGGUGGUUCUGGUGGGCCAAACGAUCCGCAAGGUGGCGGCGGCGCUGGUGGCGGGGGCAUACCGAACAAUGGGCGCGGAAAUCCUGGCAACAGUGGUGGUGCUAAUGGAGGCAAUGGCAUGGGCGGUAAUAAUGUACCGGGUGGCAUUGGCAGCAAUUUAAUGGGUGGGCACAAUAAUUCGAAUACAACGCAGCAGCAGCAAAAAGUGGGUGUGGGGGGCGGUCUUGGUGGUGGUCUUGGCGGCUUAGCCAAUUUGGUGGAAUGUAAACGCGAACCAGACCAGGACUUUCCUGAUUUGGUUGGUUUGGAAAAAGAGGGUGGUCCCAAUAGCAAUUUUCCUGGUUUCCCCGAUCUCAUGGGUGAUGACAUCAUUAACGAUUUGCAAGAUUUCAAUCCAGACUUAUUUAGCUUCGACGAAAAGCCUCUCUUAGAUAUUAAAACCGAGGAUGGCAUUAAGGUGGAGCCACCAAAUGCUCAGGACCUCAUCAAUAGUCUAAAUGUGAAAUCAGAAAAUGCAAUGGCAGAUUUUAACGCUGCGUUUGGUGGUGGUGGCAACGGUAUGAGCGUUGGAGGUGCAAAUAAUAAUCUUAACGGCGGUAACAGUGGCGGUUUGGGUAGCCCUAUGAGUGGGCCCCCACACUCCGAUCCCCAAACAUUGAACAAGAUGAGGCAAUUCCUGAACGGUCCCGAUAGCGGAUCGAUGAAUUCUUUAGCGGCGCAAACCCUGAAACAAAUGGCGGAGCAGCAUCAGCAUAAGAACGCGAUGGGUGGGAUGGGUGCUUUUCCUCGGCCGCCAAUGCAUCAGUCGCAGCAGGCGCAAUUAAUGAGCGGAAGUGGACGCUACAGUGAUUAUGGUAGUUUUGGUAACGAUUUUGGCAUGGGGUCCAAUGGCCCACAACAGCAACAACAUUUACCUCCACAAUUUCAACAAAAGGGUCCCGGAAAUGGGCCCAUGGGUGGUCCCGGUGCAGGCGUUGGUAUGCAACAGUCGUUCCUUGACAUAAAACAGGAGCUCUUCUACUCGUCACAAAAUGACUUUGAUCUCAAGCGGCUACAACAACAGGCACAAAUGCACCAACAGCAACAACAAUCGCACACACAUACGCAAACAACUCAGCACUCGCAUGGCUCGAAUGGACCGAAGAUGGGGCCAGGGGCGGGAGCCGGCAGUUUCCCGAAACCCGGUCAGCCGCAAUCGAAUCCCCAACAGCAAUACUCGUCAUAUAACUCACCGAUGGGAGCAGCAAGUAAUCAAAAUAACGCUGGGCAAACAUUUAUGCAAGGGCCCAAUCGCGCUGCAGGCGGUGCGAGCGGUGUAGGUGUAGGCGUUGGUAUGGGCGGAGGUGGUGGCAAUGGAGGUCAACCCAACAUAACGCCACAGCAAAUGUCGCAGCAACAACAGCAGACUAAUUCACAACAGCGGGGAGGACCUCAAAGUGGACCGUCGCCGAACGUGAACAGCGGCUCUAGUGGCAUGGGCAGCGGCCCAAAUUUAGGCGGUCCCAAUGGACAAGGCAAUCAAAAUGGGUCUGCUGGAGGCAUUAAUGCAGGUGGCGGUAAUACCGGUGGCACGCAAGCAGGUCCAAAUAUGCAUCAACAGCAGCAGCAGUCGACAACUACAACCUUACAAAUGAAGCAAACGCAACAGCUGCACAUAAGCCAACAAGGCGGCGGGCAUGGCAUCCAGGUAUCGACUGGGCAGCAUCUCCACUUAAGUGGUGACAUGAAAAGCAAUGUGUCGGUGGCCGCACAGCAGGGAGUUCAAUUCUUCAAUCAGCAGCAACAACAGCCCCACGGACCUGGAACACAGCAAGGGCAUGGCCCACAACAGCAACAACAGUCACAUGGUCAGCAACAACAGCAAAAUACUCAGAAUCCACAACAGCAACAACAAUCGCAGCAGUCGCAACAGCAACCAAAUCAAAAUCUCAAUCACGGGAACGGACCCUCAGACGGCUUCUCUAUUUCGCAAACGCAAUCAAUGAACUUCACACAACAACAGCAGCAAGCACAGCAACAACAACAACAGCAGCAACAGCAGGCGCAGCAACAAACGCAACAGAAUCAACAGAUGCCGUCCAAUAUGCGCCAACGUCAAACACAAGCACAAGCAGCGGCCGCUGCAGCUGCAGCCGCAGCUCUAGCUCAGGUCACUUCGACAAAUGUAGGUUCGCCAGUUGGCCCUAAUGGGCCGAAUACCAACAAUGCGAAUGGGUCAAACAAUAGUGUACCGAACGGUCCAAUGGCCGGUGGUCCUGGCAGUCUCAUGAGCCAGCAGCAACAACAGUCGAGCGGUCCACAGUCGAACAUCGUGAGCGGUAACGUGCAUGGUAAUCCGAAUGUACUUCAGGCCGGCAUGAACCCUAUGGGUUCUAGCGGUCCCGGGUCACAAGUGGGCAUGGGCGGCAUACCAGCUAUGAGUAGCGGCAACGUGGGCGGACCAAAUCAAAUGGGCGGCGGUAUGGGUGGCGGGAUGAUGUCGGGCAAUGGCAUGUCGCAUCCGAAUGUCCCCAACGGUCCCAAUGGCCCGAAUUCGUCUGCGGCUGCCAUGAUGAUGAGUGGGGGCCCCAAUGGUGGAGCACCAAUGAAUAUCAGUCAAGCAAAGUUCUUGCAGCAGCAGCAAAUGAUGCGCGCACAAGCGAUGCAACAGCAACACAUAGGCGGAGCGCGACCACCACCUCCCGAAUAUAAGGCAUCGCAGGCGCAACUUAUGCAAGCACAAAUGAUGCAGCAGACCGUUGGUGGGGGCGGGCGGUUCCCGAACGCAGCAGCCCAAGCGGCGGCGAUGCGACGUAUGACGCAGCAGCCUAUACCGCCAUCAGGACCAAUGAUGCGUCCUCAGCACUCCAUGUACAUGCAGCAUUCUGGUGCGAGCGGUCCGCGAUCAGCUAUGGGCCCCUAUGGAGGUCCAAUGGGACCACAGCAGCGUCCACCCAACGUACAAGUAACUCCUGAUGGUAUGCCGAUAGGAUCGCAGCAGGAGUGGCGUCACAUGAUGAUGUCGCAGCAGCAGCAGAUGGCUUUUGGAGGUGGACCAGGCGGUCCAAUGAGACAAGGACCUGGCGGGUUUAACGGCGGUGGUUUUAUCACAAACGCGGGCGGCGGUGGUCCUAUGUCUGGUGGUGGCAGUAGCAGUAUGGGUCCCGGUCCAAACUCUAGCAUGCAGUUGACGCCAGCGCAGAUUCAGCAGCAAAUGAUGCGACAGCAACAGCAGCUACAGUCACAGCAACAACAAAUGUUACCGAAUGCAGGUGGUGGCGGCGGGCCAGGACCUGGAAGCAUGCAGAUGCAACAAAUGCUACAGCAACACCACCAGCAGCAACAAGGUGGAUCUGGCCCACAUGGGCCCGGGCCCAGCAGUAUGAUGACCCAAAUGCAAAUGGCCUCGCUGCACAUGUCACAAGCGCAGCAGCAAAUCACCAUGCAACAGCAGCAGUUCGUACAACAAACCACGUCGACCUCAGCAACGCACCAUACGCAAAUGAUGCAAAUGGGGCAGAGUGUGGUAAGCAAUAGUGCAGCCUCUGGUGGCAUGGUGGGUGUCCCAGGCGCGGGUGGACCAAACACAAGUGCUAGUGCUCAUGGAGGGUCCGGUUCAGGUGGCCAUGGGCCAAGCAAUAAUAAUAUCACAAGCAAUAACAUGUCGGCGGCUGCAUCAGUUGCGGCCGUAAAUCAAUCGACUAAUUCCUCUGCUCCAUCUAAUACUGCCAGUGCCAUAAAUCAGACUAUUAACUCUGUGGUGGCCAACUCAAAUGAUUUGUGUCUCGAAUUCCUCGACAAUUUACCGGUGGACAGUGGCAACUUUUCCACUCAGGAUUUAAUCAAUUCGCUAGACAAUGACAAUUUCAAUCUGCAAGAUAUUCUGUAGAUCGAAAGGCAGGUCAAAUGCACGCUGGUGCGUGGAAGGAAGUAAAAAUGAGAUAACUGAGAUGCCAUUCCUGGUGCUGGUUAAUGAGAAACUACUCUUAUCGUAUAUUUAAAAAUACACUACGAGGCAAUUCUUUUAAUGCUAGCAAAAGCAAGUUGGCAUAUGUCGAACCUAAGCCCAAUAUAAUCAAAGAAAUUUAGUUGGCAGUUGGUGGAGCUCUCAAAGAGCAGUCUCGAAAAUCAAACUUUUAUUUCCAAUCGUUAUAUAAAAAACACUCCUCCGCCUCCGCCCCUGAAAUUUUAAAUUGAAACUUAAAUUUUACUUGAUUGUAUGUACUUUAACUGUACUUUAAAACUUUGUUAAGUACUCAUUUAGUUGUUGCUACAAAUACAUAUGUAGGUGUACUGUUUUGCUUGUAUUAAGUUCGAAACUUAUUUGCUGACGUUUUUGCUGAAAGUUGUAAUAAUUUGUAUUAUUCAAGAGACAUUCCAUGAAAUUUUCUUCUAAAACAACACUAAGCUAGUUUUCGCACCGAGAGACGUGUGACUACUUAUACAACUUAUAAUUAUAAAUUAUAACAAUGUACUUAAAGUGGAUUGUGUUAAAGCUAAAGCAGAAUACAAAAAUAUAAAUACGAACAACUUAACAGCGCGAUAGACACUUUUAGCAAGUCGGUAGCAAUAUGGCGUAGGACCUUUAUUUUUUUAACACGCACAUACUUGCAUGUACAAAAUGUAUACAAUGUAUGGAUGCACAUGCAUGCUAUGACUUUUCGUUUAGUUUUGAAUUUGUUUCAUUGAAUUUUUCACAUUUUGUAUAUUGAAGCAAUUUCAUAAGCAGUAAAAUAAUGUACAUAUAUGUUCCAACACAUGCAUACAAACAUACAUAUUAACAUUUAUACGAAUCCCGUAUAAAUAAACGUGUUAAAAUGCAAAACAACAAAUUGGUGAUAUUUUUUCUAUUAUUAAUUAAUCUUAUUGAAAAGAAACCCAUAAAAUAAGCACCUGAAAUAGACUUGAAAAAGCUAAGAACGAUUAAGAUCAAAUUCGUUUCACUCACAAAUGAACAUAAUUAACAAUACACACACAUUUAUAAAAGAAAAUACAUAAAACAUACCGCGAAUUCUAAGAAGAGAAUUAAAAGUAGCAGAAUAAUUUAACGGGAAAAAUUAAAACGAAAGCAGCAACAUAAUUAUACAAAAAAUAGCAAUUAUUGUAAUUAUCUUUAUUGUAUUUGUAAAGGAUGUUUCGAAAUAUUUUUUAAUCUAUAAAUUAUUUUUAAGAAAUCCAUCAAAGACACACCCAAAUAUGCAAAUAUACUUACCUAAAUCUUUAGAUAAAGCGAAUAUUUGAGGAUAUAAAAUGUAAAAACACAAAACUCCGUUGUUAUUUUUUAAGUUACACGCAGGCAUACACUGCAGAUUAUUGCAUAAAUGUAUACACACAUACAUAUACAUACAUUUGCAUACAAUUUUACAAUAUCAAAUGUAUAAGUAACUCAAAUAACAGGUGUAUUCUAACAAUGUACGCCCAAAAACUAUUUAUUUAGUAAGAGUGUAGUUGGUAGUGCUUAAGUGAAACAUUAAAAGGUUUAUAUACAUAAAAAGAUUUUACGGAGAAAUUUAAAAUAACUAUAAUUUUUAUUGUAGUUGCUAAGCAAAAGCAAAUGAAUACAAAAGUACAUUAACAAUUGUUAUUAAAAUUAUAUUAAUACACCACUUAAAUAAAAGAAAAAACAAUAAAAGGGAUAAAAGUAUUAAACAAUAA